AUGUGGCGGCAGACUGCCCAGCCGGGUCGUCGUGAUUCUCACGCGAAUUCACAAUUGCCCCUAACCCACAAACGGCACUCUCAUGUGUUCCAUACAAACCAGCAGUUGCCACGUUGGACUCGGUCCUUCAACGGCCUUGACGGCACUUCUGCCGGACGGUACACGCCCUUUCCGCCAUCAUUAUUUGUUUCUGGCCGCUUUAGCCUCUAUUCUCCAACAGUUUUGCAGUCUCGUGCCAUUCGCUGUCCUCGUCAUCAUCUUGAAGACGAUAAUUGUUUCUGUACUCCCAUCACGGACAUUUGGCUCAAUGUUAUGCCUCUUUCUUCGGACCAAUGGCCCUCGUACGUCGUAGUUAAUUCGGCUUUCGGUUGUUUCCACGACCUCCUGCCCUCUUAA